AUGACAUUUACAACAACUUUACGCAAUGUUUCUUCAAAAAUAGUAAUAUUAAAUGGCUAUAGAGGAUAUACUCGACCAGCAAUAAAAAUUAAUAAUAUUACCAAGUUUGGAAGUUCGUUGUCAAUAUUUUCGAGACAAUAUGGCACAAAGAAAUAUACUAAGGACCAUGAAUGGAUUAGCGUUGAUAAUGGAGUUGGUAUAGUUGGUAUCACUGAUUUUGCUCAAACUGCUCUUGGAGAUGUAGUUUUUGUAGAAGUACCCGAAGUUGGAAAGAUUGUUGAGAAGUCUGGAUUUAUUGGUGCAGUGGAAAGUGUUAAAGCCGCUAGUGAUAUUUAUGCACCUGUUAGUGGUAAAAUAACUGAAUCUAAUAAUAAGCUUUCAGAUGAACCAGGUUUAAUAAACAAAUAUCCUGAAAGUGAUGAAUUAUCUGACCCUAAAGAGUUAGAUAAAUUAUUAGAUGAAACAGCUUAUAAGGAAAUAACAUCGACCCAUUAA